GUCUUCUUCAUUUGUCAUUUUAUCCAACUCUUUACCCUUCACCUACUCUCUGAAAAAACAAAACAUUUUCUUUAUUCGCCAUAGAAUUCCCACCUACCGACCUAUCUCCAAGUCUACCAUUAUAAAGCUAAAAGCUUCGAACUUUUCAUCCUCCCACUUCUGUCAUGGCUUCCUUUUUCUGUUCUACAAAUUUUUUUCUGCUACUUAUUCUUCUCUCUGCAGUUCCUGUAGCGUUCAUAAUUCAUUUAGAAACUUCUAAGCCCGCCACUCAUGUAUACGAGUAUCACAGCACCGGGUGGUUCAGGGAGUGCACCAAGUGGGACGACGUUAACAGCCGAUUCCUGGUCUCUUUCAUGGAGGGCGGCUUUGGGGAGGUUCCGGUACCGAAAGACUAUGUUCCGGGAAAGAUUUUGAAGGAGAUUCGGGUGGUUGAAAACGUGGGUUUAGGUAAGAAUUCGUCGCUCGGGUUCGUAGUGGACCGGCCGAGGAAUCGGGUGGUCGUAUCCAUCGCCGAUGUGAUUGGGAAUUUGUACAGUGCGGUUGCGGCCUAUGAUUUGACGACUUGGGAAAGGAUUUUUCUCACUAAGCUCAGCGGCCCAGAGGAUGGAAAAGCGGUUUCAGAUGAUGUAGCGGUUGAUCCAGACGGUAAUGCAUAUGUAACUGAUGUAAAAGGAAGCAAGAUUUGGAAGGUCGGAGUGGAUGGAAAAUUCUUAUACCACAUAAUUAACCCACUUUUCACUCCAAAAGGGUGGUACAAUAAUCUGGUUGGACUUAAUGGAAUUGUUCACCAUCCAAACGGAUACUUGUUAGUUGUUCAUACAUUUUCCGGGAAUUUGUACAAGGUUGAAAUUGAUAAGGGGGACGAAGUGAAGUUGGUUAAGAUAAUUGAAGGUUCUUUGAAAUUCGGGGAUGGAUUGGAGUUGUUAUCUCCGACUAAGCUUGUAGUAGCCGGAAACCCUUCAAAGUUGGUCGAGAGCUUGGAUGAUUGGGAGAGUGGCUCUGUUGUGGCCAAGUUUAAAGGUGCUACUCAUCGUUUAGUUACUGCAGCAAUGGUGAAGGAUGGGAAGGUAUACCUAAACCACCUUUUUGGUUUAGGGUAUCCUAAGAGAAAGCAUGUGCUUGUUGAGGCUGAUUUUUCUGGUUAAUUGAAUGUGAUGUUGUUUUAGGUGGGGGUGGAGUUGAAGGGUUAUUGUUGUUUUUCUUCUUGUAUUUUUGCUUUUUCGCACGUGUGCAGUACUAUUUGAGUGUUAACCGUAGGGAUGCGAAAAUUUUACGUCUACACGUAUUAUACAUGUAUACCUUUUUCAAUUUUUUAUGAUUGUUGGAGUAAGUUUUUCAUUGUUAA